UGGAUGUGAUUAUUUGUCUAUCGUAAGCACUAUGUUUUGUUAUUACGUUCGUGACGAUUGGAAUGCCGACCUCUCGAAUAUCUUUACCUCGAAAUAGUAUCUCGGCGCUGCAGACGAUGUCAUGUAAUGAUAACAUCGUAAAACCCAAUCCUGCAAUAAUUUCCAAAUUUCCCACAAGACUGUUUAUAUUAAGUAUAUAAUUAUUUCUGUUAGUUUAGUUUCGGACGGUCGCUAGAGAAGGAUGCCAAUGCGAGAGAGAAUCAAAAGACGGAAUUAGUUAUUUAUUUAUUUAUUAUACAUUAAUUAAUGAAUUAAUCGUUUUUUUACCCAUUAUUUUGUGUAGACUAUCCUAUAAGUUACAUUUCAAAUGUAUUGUUGAGAUUUAUUUAUUCGAUUCGUUUAUUUAUUUAUUGAGAUUACGAUACAAUGUACCUAUAACGAGUGCGAACGUUUUUGAGCGACGGAUCGUUUUGAGAAUUGUGUCUGAUGGAGAAUUAUGGACAAUAUGUCGUCAAAUGUGUCUUUAAGAAACAAACAGAGGAAGGACAACCUUAUUACGAGAAAGCAGGACAAGAGUCCGGAGAAGACAAUACGGGGCACGAGAGGGGCAUACAGGGGCAUACCGUCCACGUCGAAGCGCGAUGAGGAAACGGAGACCGGCUCCACGGAGCGGCUGGACCGCCCGAAGAAGUUCAUGUCCCAGAACAAGGGCUACGGUCUGGGCAAGCGGCCUGACUUCUCGCUCAAGAAUCGAAACGUACACCUAGCUUCUUCUCGGUAUGGACAGAUGACAUCAGGCUUACACGGGCACGGGCAUCAGAUCUCGCAGCCGGCCCACCACCUCGACUCGUCUGUGCUGCCAGCCAAGGAAAAAACUGUGCAUGGCAAGGAAAAAACGUUUAAGGUGGUGGUGGGCGGCGAGGUGGCGGUGAUGAAGACGCCGGUGCUGGGCGCGCGACCCUACAACGCGCUCGCCAUCAUACACACGCAGCAGAGCAACACGUUCGACAUGCUCAACUCGCUCACCACUAGUGUUGCGAGCCAACCAGUAGUGGGCGUGGGCGUGGGCGUGGCGGUGGGUGGGUACCGGCGCCGCAGCUCGGGACAAGGUGCGCUGUGCGACCCCGAGCUGGACGAUAGCGGGAACAAGCUGGUGGCGCGGCUCGAGGACGACGCCUUCAUCUCGGAGCAGGAUCUGGAAGAAAACAUUCAAGAAAACACCGCCACCGAGAAAACGGACACGGAAGGAGCGGAGCAGUCGCAAAAACAACAGAACGGCAUUGUGUACGAUCCUAUUUACGAGUUGGACAAACUCGAAGAUAAGGACAAGGAGAAGGCCGAUAAGGAGGAUGAGGAGGAGCCAAUCGGUGUGUCGCCCUGUGGCAGGUUCUUCAAAUACGACAAGGAGGUGGGCCGCGGCUCGUUCAAGACAGUGUACCACGGCCUCGACACGCAGACCGGUGUCGCGGUCGCCUGGUGCGAGCUACUGGAGAAAAAGCUCAACAAAACCGAGCGCCUGCGCUUCCGCGAAGAGGCGGACAUGCUGAAGAAGCUGCAACACCCGAACAUCGUGCGUUUCUACAACUACUGGGAGGGAACCGUCGCCAAAAAGAAGAAUAUCGUGCUCAUCACUGAGCUUAUGGUCUCCGGCACACUAAAGACAUAUCUAAAGCGCUUCAAGCGAUUCAACCCGAAGGUACUCAAGUCGUGGUGCCGCCAGAUACUCAAGGGGCUGAAUUUCCUGCACUCCCGAACACCGCCUAUCAUCCACAGGGAUCUGAAGUGCGACAAUAUAUUCAUAACGGGGACGACGGGCAGCGUGAAGAUUGGAGACCUCGGCCUUGCUACGCUCAAGAACAGGAGUUUUGCCAAGUCCGUCAUAGGCACACCGGAGUUCAUGGCGCCGGAGAUGUACGAGGAGCACUAUGACGAGUCGGUGGACGUGUACGCGUUCGGCAUGUGCAUGCUGGAGAUGGCCACCGGCGAGUACCCCUACAGCGAGUGCAGCGGGCCCGCGCAGAUCUACAAGAAGGUGGUCUCGGGUGUAAAACCGCAGAGUCUAGAGAAGGUCACCAUUCCGGAAGUGAGGGACAUCAUCGAACAGUGCAUACGACCCAACAAAGCCGACAGGCCCAAAGUGAAAGACCUGCUGAACCACGAGUUCUUCGGCGAGGACAUCGGGCUGCGGCUCGAGAUCGUCGAGCGGGAUCUUGUGACGUCGUCGGACAUCACCAAGAUACAGUUCCGGUUGAAAAUCAUCGAUCCAAAGAAACGGUCGUACACGCACAAGGAGAACGAGGCGAUCCAGUUCGAGUUCGACAUGGAGAAGGACGACUGCGAGGAGCUCGCCAACGAGAUGGCGAAGGCCGGCCUCAUCAUGGGCGAGGACGCGCGCAUCGUGUUCAAGCUGCUCAAGUCGCAGCUCAUCAGCCUCAAGCGAGAAAGGAGCGAGAAAAAAGCCCAAAUGCUGUUCAAUCAAGAGAUAAUUAAUGAACAGAAUAGGCAACAACAAUUACAACAACAGCUUAGACAGGUAAAAAUGAUUCAAAGUCAGCAACAGGCUGGGCCUGUGGAUCAAGUAAAGUCGGGACUUCUGAAUGGUGUAGGAACACAGCCUGCUCUAGUACAGUUGGACCAACAAUCUCAGCAAUUGUUUCAAGCUCAACAACAACUUCUUCAGCAUCAGUUUCAACAGCACCUCACUAAUGAAGAGAAAGCGAUGAAACUUUUCCAACAGAAUCUAAUUCAGGCUCGAAUGUCACCUUCUCUCAAUUCGGAUCAGCAUCUGUUGCAACAACAACAGCUGAUCGAGCAGAACAUCAAACAACAGCAGGUGAUGAUGGAACAGAAUCUCCUCAGCCAGCAAAUGCUGGAACAGUCAGUUCAAGGGCAAGGUUUCAUGGAUCAACAGGUUCAACAAAACCUGCUAGAGCCCCAACAAGCUCCACUUCAACAAAAUUUGUUGAAUCAACAACUCGUUGCCAAUGAGAUUAACAACACUAACCAGGCGUGGCAGCAGCAAAUUAUUCAACGUCAACAGAAUAUAAUAGCACAGCAAGCGGCGGCGAUACAGCAGAAGCAGUUGGAGGAGCAGCUAACGGUCCAGGACCAAGCGAUGACCGGGCCACAACCGAAUCUCGUUACCGGGCAAGUCCUAGAUCCGUCUCUCCAAAACUUGCAGAAUAUACUAGCUCAGAUCAUACACAGGCCGGACACGCUGCAGUCGAGGAAAGAGUCGGAAUCGGAAGCCCAACCCCAGCCCCCGCAACAGGCGCAACAACCGGUCGUCAGUCAACAAACGGAAAUGGUUGAAAUGCAACAACAGCUCCCCCAAGAACAAGAAAACAUGCAACUUAACACAAAUUUACUUAAUGUACAGAUGCCGCAACAUACUAGUCAAAAUAUUAAUUACACGCAGGCGCAACAAAAUUUGAAUUACAUGCAGCCAAACUUACUAACGGCGGUCGAUCCGGCUAUAUUUGCUCAACAGCAACAAGUUGCGCAAGCUCAGCAGCAGGUUGCGCAGGCGCAGCAACAAUUGAACAUGCAAAAACAAAUGUUAGCGCAACAGCAGCUCGUCCUCCAACAACAAUUAAUUUCCCAUCAGCAAUUACAAAUGCCAGGUCAAACAUUAUCGCCACAACAUAUAAGAAACUUACAGCAGCAGCAGUACUUAGCCCAACAGGAAUUGCAAUUACAGACGCAACAAAAUCUAAUCGAUCAGCAAAAUCUAGCUUUAUUGACUCAAAAGCACCAGUUGAUGGGACAACAGCAACAAAAGGUGGAGGAGAUAUUGCGCGGUCAAAGGCCGAUGUACACCAGGCAGGGAUCGGAACAGAGCCAAAUAAGUACGGCAGACGUUCACGAUCAGCAACAGACUCUAGUCCCGGAUCCGUAUCAGCAGAAGCCGCCACUACAGCCGCAAAUGUCAAUUGACCAGAUGCAAUACCAAAAUCAGUUUAUGGAUAAACAAAUUCAGAAGCAGCCGUCUGAGGAGCAGCAAUACCACCCGCAAGUGCACCCGAUGCAGGGUCAAUCGUUGCCACACAACAUGCUGGCGCAAUUCAACUUGGUGCAAAACGAGAGGCAGAUCUCUAGUCAUGAAGGCACUCCGGUGCAAAAUUAUUCUGCCAAUCCAAUGAUGUACCAACAGAACCAGCAGAUGCAGAUGCAGAAUGUGGCGUAUCAGCAAGUCGAGUCAUCUUCGGUUCCAGCUAGCAUGACGCAAAAUGCUCAGGUCACACAGUAUAUGGACAUCCCGUCGUCGAUACCAUCGUCCAUGCCACAAACAUCACAACCGAUACAGCCGGAUCUACAGCAAACGCAGCAGAUGCCGCAGCAAAUUCAACAACAACAAAUUCAACCGCAACAGUCGCAACAGCAACAAAUUCAACCUCCACAAUCACAGCAGCAACAAAUUCAACCUCAACAAUCACAACAACAACAAAUGCAAUCGCAACAGCAACAGAUGCAAGUUCCGCAAUCGCAACAACACCAGCAACAAAUUCCACCGCAGUCUCAGCAGCAACAAAUUCAGCAACAGCAAUUACAACAACAACAAAUUCAACAGCAACAACAACAGAUGCAGCAGCAGCAGCAGCAUCAAAUGUCGCAACAGCCGCAGCAACAAAUAAGCCAGCCACAACAGAUACAACAGCAGACGACACAAGCGCAGCCACCCCAGCAACAGAUGCAGCAAGUGCAGCAGGAAGUCCCUCAGCAGCUGCCGAUUAAGCCAGAGGAGAAUGGGGUUUCGAGUAAGGAGCAGUUCCACACGCCAAUGUCGGACUUACCUGGCGGUCAGCAGGAUGCGAUGUGGCAGCCGGAGCUGGGCGCCGUGGAGGAGAAGCAACCCGAAACUCAGCAAGAAAGCACAGCGGGCGCAGCGAUCCCGUCGCCGAUAGCGGGCGAGAAGAAGUCGCGCGGCUCGAAGAAGCGCUCGCGCGAGAAGGAGCGCCUGCCGCGCCUCACCGUGCUCGCCGUCGCCGAGAGCGGCUCCGUGGUGGAGUGCCAGCUCGAGUCCAAGUCGAAGACGGUCACCUUCAAGUUCCACGUGCCCGACGUCAACCCGGAGGACCUGGCCAAUAAUCUGGUUACGAACAACCUGCUGCCCGAGUGGCAGAGCGGCGCCUUCACGGAGUGGAUCCGCGACAUCGUGCACCAGCUGCAGGCCGAGCCGCUGCACCCGGCCGCGCUGCGCCUGCACAUCGACAAGCAGACGGACUACGACUCGGAGACCACGGAGCGCGAGGAGAACCUGACGGACUCGAACCAGGACAACUCGGAGUGCACCACGCCCACCGCCUCGCACGACCACAUCGCGCUUGAGCUGGACGAGGCGCCCGCCGCUGACGCGCCGGCUACCGACGCGCCCGCUACCGACGCGCCCGCUGCCGACGCGCCCCCCACCGACGCGCGCGCCGCCGAUGCGCUCGCACGCAAGAUCAGCACCGCCUCGUCUAUCGGUUCCAAUCAAUCAGACGGCGGGCCGAUGGCGCCGGAGCGCGCCGGCAGCAUCGAGUCGAACGGCGAGAAGAAAUCACAAAAACCCACUCGAAAGAUAUCGAGGUUUCUAGUCAGCCCCGUUGUGGACCGCGGCGAGGACGUUCCCGACGAGAAGUCGGAAAUUGCACCCGCUGAAGUAGAGAAGGAGCCGCCCAAAGAGCCCCAAGUCAACGGGCUCCCAGAACCGGAGCCCGAGCGGCCGGCAGCCGUUCCCCAAGAGAAAUAUGUUCCUACGCACCAGUAUUCGCUUCCGUCCCAGCCGCAGGUCACCGACCACCGGCCCGAGCUCACCGCCGCCGCGCCGCACCCCACCACGGCCCCGCCCAUCACCACCACCAUCCCCAUUAACCUGCAAGCGACCAUCCCGCAGCCGCUCCCCUUCCAAGCGAUCAAUCCCAUACUGAAUGGAUCGUUGCAGCCCAACCUUGCGAACUUAACGACGCCGCUGCAAAUCGCCACCGAUACUCCCCUGCUUGGGUUGAGCCAAGUGGGGACUCCCAUGGGGGUGGGAGCGGACCUGGGGCUGAAUCUCGGGCUGCAAGUGGCCCCCGGACUCGCUGACCCGCUGGGUCGGUUGCAGCUGGGCCAGCCCACUCUCACCCCCACUCCGGCUGUCAGCGAUACGCUGACAAACGCUGAGAAUAUACAGAGGAUGCUGCUCAAACAGAAUAUUAUCAAGUAAGUAAUAAGAUUUAAU